AAGUAAUCAUAUUUUCAUAUUUCAUAGUUUUACAAAUACUCUUCUAAAAAUCAAUCAACUGCAGCCAUUUUAUUUUUACACGAUGAGAUCCUUGAUCUACUAAACAUAAUAGUAAUUAUUUUAUUAAAACUUGUAGAGAAUCAAACGUUGUAUACUCUUUGUAGGAGGUUGUAGUAAGAGGUUGUAUAUUUUUGGAGGUGGGCAAAUGUGUUCAUUUAUCAGACGGCGAUACUAUACUUGUGUGUGUGUGUAAUCACUAAUCAGUAGACGCAGUAGACGUAACUACUGAAAAUCAUAGGUUUAGAUACUACACCAACUAUAAAUUCCGCCGAAGAAUUGGCCAAAAAGAUCCGUAAAGGUUUAUUAUGACGGCCGUAUUUCUCCCUACCGACGCUCCUGUUUCACUGCGUGUUUUUCUCUUUACAGACAGCUGAUUCCCGCUCUGCUGAUUUCAUUUUCUUUUGGGGGCUGUCUUGUUCCCUUCUUCUGUCUCUCUGUAGUCUGUCCCAUCAACUGACACCCUAAAGUGAGCGAACUACAGUAGCUACCCCAUUGCAAUAAUUCACCCAAGAGAGAGAGAGACUUUGGUGUUAUUAAUGAUCUUGAUAGUACUUAGCAUUUACAUGAAGAUUCCUCAUCUGGGCUUACUCAAAGAUGCAAUCUUUACAACAGCCCAGUAAUAGGGAUUUAGAAUCAGCAACUGAUUCCGAUAAUGGCGGAGGAGGCCGCCGCCGAAGUGACGCCGGCGAGAAAGGUGCACUCGAGAUUGUGGGUGUGCCGGAAAACGACAAUGGUGCUGAGAAGGAGAGGAGACGAUCCAGUGUGUCGGAGUGCACAGUAGAGAUUGUGGAUCUGGAGGUGGAAGGUGGAGCUGGGGAAACGAAGGUGCAUUUGGGUAAAAUUGAGAGGGAUUGUAGGAUAUGCCACCUCAGCAUGGAUGCAACCAAUGAGGAUUCAGGGUUUCCCAUUGAGCUGGGAUGCUCUUGCAAGGACGAUUUGGCUGCUGCCCACAAGCAAUGUGCUGAGGCUUGGUUCAAGAUUAAAGGAGACAAAACAUGUGAGAUAUGUGGAUCCCUUGCACAAAAUGUGGUUGGGGUGACUGAGGCCGAGCUGGCAGAGUCAUGGAACGAGGCGAGUGAUACUGCUGCUGUUGCUGCAGCAUCCUCGCCCUCAUCUCAGUCGCGGAACUUCUGGCAAGGCCGGCGCUUUCUCAACUUCCUGUUAGCUUGCAUGGUGUUUGCAUUUGUCAUAUCAUGGCUCUUCCAUUUCAACGUGCCCUCGUGAGACUCGCGGAGCUGAUCGAGUCGUGAACCGGUAAGUGCCCUCUCAUAUUCUCUCCAUCGUCGACCCGUUGCCCGCCUUGCUUUUUCACGCCAUUGUGUACAUUAAUGAUAGAGGAACAAGUGUAAUUGAUGUUAUCUAAGUUCAAAAUUUGUGCUGUUAUUUUAUCUUAUUCUAUGAGCUACUGCCUGCAGUCUCUCUUGUAAUAUGAAUGGGAGCAGUUCCAUUUCUGAAAAA